ACUUCUACUUUCAACCAAAGUAGACGCACAAGUGCUCUGUAUCGCAAAACAGGCAAACAAGCAAAAAAAAAAUCAACAACAUUGUUUUCCUUUAAACAAUCAGGCGGCUCUCAGGUCAAGUAGGCUGGGUAGUAAAUCACACGACCCCCCGCUCGCAGGUGUGGCGUACAAAGUCAAUGUUAAGGAGCCUACUGUGAUUUGCAUUUACAAGUGCGUGAGGAGCGCGCGAGCGAAAAACGGUGCACAAUACCUCCAAGUUCAUCGGCGUUGGUGUCGAACGCGAUUUAAUUAGCGGUGCAUUUCUCAUCACAGAGCAAAAAACGUGCAAUAAUUGGGGGGGAAAAAUCUGCACAAUAAGUGAGAACAAGACAGCUCGCGGUGUGGUUGUUGUGUGUAUAUUCUUGUUUAGUGUAAUUGUACGUCUCUGUUGUAUUGUGUGUAACGUCCUGUGAAACAGAAAGAAGCGCAGCAAAAAAGUUGUAUUGAUUUCCAAUAGAAAAGGAGGAAAAAACCUACAAAACAGUACAAAAAUGUCAGACGAGCUGUCCUCCAUCCUCAACCGCCGCCAGGCCAUCAACGACGCACUGGAAAACGGCCAAGAAGUAAAGCACACCUACCGGGUAGUGAACAUCUACACGGAGUUUCACGAGUUCUCGCGGAAGGAGAUCAAGGAAUACCAGACCACGUUCUCCAAGUACGACGUCGGCAACGAUGGCUUUCUAGAUCUGGCCGAGCUUAAGUUUAUGAUGGAGAAGCUCGGUGCCCCACAGACUCAUCUCGGUCUCAAGGGAAUGAUCGCGGAAGUGGACGAGGAUAAGGACGGCAAGAUUUCGUUCCGCGAGUUUCUGCUCAUUUACAGGAAAGCCCGCGCCGGCGAACUGGUGUCCGAUUCCGGCCUCGGCCAGCUGGCCCGCCUCACCGAGAUCAACGUGGACGAGGUCGGCGUGAACGGGGCAAAGAACUUUUUCGAGGCCAAAAUCGAGCAGCAACUGAUGACGAACAAGUUCCACGACGAAAUCAGGCAAGAGCAGGAAGAGAAACGCCGGAUGGAGGAGGAACGUAUUCUCCGACGGCAGCAAUUCCAGCAGCGUGCGGCCGUUUUCCAGUAGAGACAGAGCGAAGGAAUUGUGCAUGUUUGUCACGUGCUGCAGUAGAAGGAGAAGGAGAACUCACACUUCUCUGUAAAUGUGUUGUACAUGUUUAAACUUAGUCACAGUUUAGGGUUUUAGCUUGCUUUAAGUUUAAGUUUUAUUGUGUCAGACCAAGAAACGCAAAUGUGUCAUUUCAGUUUUAGUUGAUAUUUUACCUGGUUUAGUGAGAAAUCGUUCAUUAUCAACAACAAAAAAAAAUACAAAACACGUAAUCGAUUGCUUUCAAAGAGAAAUAAAAGAAUUGUGAUAAUGAGGAAUCAAAGGAAUCUAGCAAAAGAAAGGGUGAAACACUAGGUAGAUAGAUCAAGAAUGGAUGGCCAUAUUUUGCCUAUUCCCUUGUGGUUAGGAGGCAAACUCAAUAAAAAAGGGAAAGGCACCCACAAAGCAAACAGCACCUCUCCCAUUUUAUUUUAUUCCACUAUUUUAUUCGCUGAUUUUAUGUUUACGUUUAAGUUUAAGUCACUCGCUUUGUGCUUCUACUGUUAAACUCAACCAACAAAAAAAAAAAACAAAAAACAAACGGCUUCGUCCAUUUUAAGACACAACUUCACACACUCACACAGUUUAUCAUUAGGAGUUACGUACCGUAAACUGGGGUCAAUCGGGACACAUGGGGCGAAUCGGGACAGCAGUUUUAACCAUGUUGGAGCACUAAAUUUUGAUUUUUCUGGUUGGUUUCGGUUAGAACAGACUCAGGCCAACAAAAUGUGUACAUCCAUUUCCAAAUUUAAAAGCUUUAAGUGCUCUAAAAACUGCUGUCCCUAUUCAGACUGUAGUCCCGAUUUACCCCAGAUUACGGUAACGGAAAGGUAUCAAAAAAACAAGUUUUGAGGAGAGAAAAAACGAAAACCAAGCUCAGCUCAAAAGUAGCGAGAAAUAUAUUUUUGAUAUUUGAGGAUUUGUGAACGAUUGCGUGCGACGAACGUGAGUGCAAAGUAGCAAAUGCGAACGGUAUUGAGUCCGGGUUAGGAAAAAAUACCUUAACUUUAGAGUUGUAGAGUUUGUGAAAGGUGAACCACCCAACCACCCACACACUUAGACCGUAAGUUUGUUGUGUGUUUUCGUGGCAUAAAUGUACCGAAAGAGUUACAGAAUAAAUGUUUCAGUUCACCAAUGUC